AUGAAUUUCCUCCAUUUUAUGACGCUUCUGACGAGACAUUCACCCUCGUCGUCUUUCGUUUUCGACGUCAAUUGGAGGAGGAAAAGGAACGGGAGGAAAAGGAACGAUGCGGUCCACGCGUCGUCGUCUUUAGUCUCGUCGUUUACGUCAUCAGCCGACGACCAAGAACAUCGUCGUCAUCAUCAACGCGAGCAAAGAGGAUUCCGGGGAAAGAAUACAGUUACGACUGCUAGGUGUGACAAGAACAAGGUGGACGUGUUCGUGUUCAUCGAUUGCGAUAACGUCCGGCCGAGAUUUAGUGCGAGUGACGAGGAGGCAGCGGCGCAAAGGUUUUUGCACGCGUUCCAUCGCGCGGCGAGUUGUUACGGCGACGUGGUCUCUCUUUCUUUAUACGGGAACGAGAAGACUUUUGGAGAGGAAGUUCAAGGCGAUGUAAAGCGAGGAGGAGAAGAAGACGAAGGAGAAGGAGAAGAAGGAGGAUGGACGCGUGCGAGGACGAACGAGAGGAAUACGAAGAAAAAGAGUUUAGGUGAAGCGUUGGAAUCCGUUCGAAUUUUAGGCUCGCGCGUCCGCGUCGUGCGAACGCAAAGUCGACGAAAACAAAGCGCGGAUAUUCGAUGCGUGUCGGACGUGGUCGACGCGAUGCGCAAAAGCGCUGAUAAUGAAACCACCACCACCACCGAAAAGCUUCGCCUCGCGUUUAUCGUGUCGAAAGACGCCGGGUUGUUGAAAGAAGCGGCGUCUCCGUAUGUUAGAAAAAGAGGGGACGUGGUUAUCUGCGGCGACUUUAUAAAUAACGUAGGCAUGAGGGAGAUUGACUCUCACCCGAUCGAGGACGCGUAUCGCGAAGUGGUAGAGAAGAAGAUUGGCUGGUCGAGCGGCGUGAAAAUAAAAGGCAAACCAGGAUCAGAAGCACUCGCGAUAGGCUCGCGAUUGGUGUCGUGGAAAGACGAGAGCGUGUGGUUUUACGCGAAAAGCGAUGAGGACGUUGAAAAAAGAAGGAGAAAAAGCAACGCGCCGAGAAAGGCGGCGAGAAAACGGCGGGAGGACCCGUAUUUAUUCAUGAUUCCUGGACCUUCGUCGAGUGAAAAAGAAAUGGAAGAGAAAGAGAAGGACGAACGGUUUUAUCAAAACUGCGUUCGAUACCUUCCCUCGUCAAUCCAAACUGAAAUGCGCGACAUCAUCGACGCGUAUUGCCGUCGUCGUCGUCGAAACGUCGAUACCGCCGCUAACGAAAACAACAACACCGUUUUCCUCUCCAAACUCCUACGACGAGAAGCGAAAAGAAAACUUCUCCCGGUUCGCUCCAACGCCUGUUUCGCGUCCGCGUCCGACGUUCUCGUGUACUUCGACGCCGGUCCGAAGUUAGGCGCGGUGUUCGGUAAGUGGCUCGAAAACGGCGACUUGGAGAUGUUAUGGUGGUAA